AUGGCCGAUGGGGCACCCCAGCACAGUUAUUUUGCUGAUGAAAUGUACCAUCACGAUAUCGAACAAGGCGCCUUGUAUGGCGCUUUCCGCCCACUGUAUCCGCCGGUGAGCUCGCCAGCAGCCGUCCCAAUUGCCCAAGCACAGACAUCGCUUGCUGCGAAUGACGUGCAGAUUCCCGUACCUGGCGUUAUAGAUCGCUAUGUCGACGCUCGAGCCUACUCUGCGGUCAGUUACGACGACUGGGCGCGCGCAUCUAUCGACUACGAUGCAACGUCACCAGCCUCUGUCGAGACCCGCAACGACCACCCAGCAACUCCCGGCGCGGAUACGAUGGGCUCUUUUGCUCAAUUCCACGGCGACAGCCGGCCAGCCAACAGCAUGUACUUAGAACCUACUGCUGACCAGCAUUGUGUCGACUUCAAGCCGGCACCAAUGGCGCUUGCUUCAGCCGCAAUACCCAUCAUCUUCCGCACACCGGACUACGGUACGCCUGCUGUAGACAGCUUCAGCGGGGUGCGGUAUAGCAGCUUCCGCGGUCUUGCUUGGCCAGCGCAGCCAGUUGCUCAACAGCAAAUAAUGCAGGUCAAUCCACAGGACGUUGUCCAAUGCUCCAGACAGGCAGCACCGGUCUACGUGGCACCGCAGGCUGUCCGGAAUGUUUCAGCAGAUACCAUUGACAGUCUUCAGAAGUCAUCAGAAGAGUACAGCAGCUCGGAGUCUGCGACUUCGCCACUACCGACGCGCACUGCCAGCACUUCGGAUAGCGUCAAUGUUAAGUGGCGUAACCGGAUGAUCGUCCAGCUCCGUUCCGAAGGCCUCUCAUACAAGGACAUCAGGAAACGGCUCAAUCUUCGCUGUGCGGAGUCAACCAUCCGCGGCAUUUAUCGGAAUAUGACCAAGCCGAAGGCUGAAAGAAUUCGUCAACCUCAAUGGACAGCGAACGACGUCCAGCUCCUUCGCCGGGCGGUCGCUUACUACACGCCUGCUGCACGUUCGGUUAAGCUGCCGUGGCAGAGCAUUGCCCGUCAUGUUCAGCGUCAUGGUGGUUCGUAUCCGUUCGCGGGCGCGGCAUGUGCCAAGAAGUGGAAGGAGGUUUGA